CAACAUUCUGCAGUGUUCCUAUUGGGCUGCCAGCUGACUAGUCGCAUGCGAUGGCCGAUCUCACACUCUACCUGGAUCUGAUGUCCCCGCCGUGUCGCUCUGUCUACAUUUUCGCCAAAGCCAAUAACAUCCCAUUCAACAACCAUCAAAUGCGGAUCUUUAAAGGGGAGCAUCUUACCGAAGACUUUGGGAAAGUGAAUGUGCUACGAAAACUGCCUGCUCUAAAGGAUGGCGACUUCUCAAUGGCAGAAAGCACUGCAAUGCUGAUUUACCUGGCACGCAAGUAUAAAACCCCAGAUCAUUGGUACCCAUCAGAUCCACAGAAAUGUGCCCAUGUUGAUGAAUACCUUGCUUGGCAGCACACAAACACCAGACCACAUGGAGUCAAGGUCUUCUGGGCCAAGUUCAUGACACCACUAAUACUGGGCCAUGAAGCUCCUCGUGAAAAAGUGGAUGCAAUACUGGCAGACUUUAACAUCGCCAUGAAAAAUCUGGAAGAGAAAUUCCUGGGGAACAAACCCUUCAUUACUGGGGAUGAGAUCUCUGUGGCAGACCUGGUGGCCAUUGUGGAGAUUAUGCAGGUGGUAGGAGGUGGUGUAAAUGUAUUUGAUGAGCGACCUAAGCUGGCCGACUGGAAGCAGCGGGUGGUAGAGGCUGUGGGAGAAGAGGUUUUUUUGGAGGCACAUGAGGGCAUUCUUAAUUGUAAGAAAAGGGCCAGUGAACCUCUACCCCCUGAACUCCUUGAGCUACUGAAAUGCAAGUUGCUUUCUAUGAUCCAGUGAAUAUGGAUUUCUUGCAAGAUGUGAAAUUCUGCACCCAUGAGCAAUUGUCAGAAUACUUGUAUUUCAGUGAUGUGUAUGUCUAGGUGUUGUGGGUAGCACUGUGUGUAAUGAGAUAUCUAAUAAAUUCUCACAGUGGUUUUACUGUUAAA